AUGGAGAGUGGAGGCGAGUUGGCGAAUUUUGCGGAUGGACCGGCCCUGAUCGGCAUUUUCAUGAACACCAUGCUGUAUGGCGCUAUGCUUACUCAGACGUUCUUUUACUUCUCAUCUUACAAGAAAGAUCCUGUGCGCAUCAAGUACUAUGUUGCGAUACUCUUCUUUGCCGACACUCUGAACACCAUUUUCAAUAUCUGGUGGAUCUAUGGAGUGCUUGUCAAUAAUUUCGGUAACCUGGAGGCCCUUGGAAUUGGCAACUGGUUAUUUGAGACAGAGGAAGCGCUGGCGGGCAUCAUCGCGAUGAUGGUGCAAGGAUUCUAUGCCUGGCGCAUCUUGAGGCUCACGCAAAAUUACUGGCUGGUCGCUGCUGUGCUCGUUCCAUCUAUCGCUGGUGGACUGGGUGGAAUUGGGACGGCUAUUGGUGUUGCCAUACGGCCUGAGUUUGCUGGGCUGCAGAGUUUGGAGCCUAUUGUGUUGACAUGGCUGGCCGGAGCGGCAAUCAGUGACACGAUUAUCGCAGUAACACUGGUAUGGCACCUGUACCGUAGCCGUACCGGUUACAGUCGAACGGAUACCAUGGUAUCAAGGAUCAUCCAGCUGACGUUGUCCAACGGUCUAUUGACGGCAAGCUUCGCACUGGCAGAUAUCAUUUCAUAUCUGAUCACGACCAGAGGUUAUCAUAUUGGUUUCAACUAUGUGCUCUGCAAGCUUUACGGCAACUCCGUGAUGUCAAGUCUGAACGCGCGGUCUAUCAUCAACGCCACAUCCAGGGACACCGGCUAUGCACAUGAGUCAUUAGGCGGGAAGCUCGAUACCGCCGUGAUGUCUAAGGACACGAACCCGAAUAACAUCAACCAAAUUGUGUCCUCCAAGAGCGCCCGGCCGACGCAGGUUAUGGUUAAUGUGGAGACACACGAGAUGGUCGAUGUGAACAAGGCGGGAAUGCGGACCGACGAGGAAUGGAACGGUGCUCACAGGAGCGACGACUCCGAUGUCAAGGCGGGAAUCGUAGUAUGA